AUGGCGAUACAAUAUCAUGUAAUUUUAUUACAUGCUUCAAUGAACAGUAAAAACAAAUUACCGUCAUCGAAUAAAUCCCAUCUUGCUGCCACCACAGUCAAUCCUUUGGUAGAAAACACGCAGCAGACAGAAGUGGAUGAAUUACAUAACGAGAUAAGUAAACUUCAUGAAGCAUUACCAGUUUUAACAAAAGGUGUACAAAUGCUACAAGAAGGAUGUACCAGCAUAAAUAAUGAAUUAAUACCAAUAACAGAUUUAUUAAACAAGUGCCAGCAAGAAAUAAAUCAAUCAAGACAAACAAUACUUGCAAAUAAUUCAUCUAUCAACAGUGUUCAAUUGAAUCAAGAUGUGUUACAACAAGAGGCGAUAUACUUGAAAGAAGGUAUGGAAAAUAUAGCAUCAGCUUCAUACGAUGGUACGUAUCUGUGGAAGGUGAAAAAUGUUGCAGAACUAAUGAGAUAUGCUCAAUCAGAACAACAAACUAGCGUUUAUUCAACGCCAUUUUAUAGUUCAAGAAAUGGUUAUAAAAUGUGCAUGAGACUGUACUUGAAUGGCGAUGGUAAUGCGCGCCGAACACAUUUAUCGUUGUUCUUUGUUGUAAUGCGUGGCGAAUAUGAUGCAAUAUUGAAAUGGCCAUUUUCGUACAAAAUCACGUUUUGUCUCUUUGACCAAUCAGGUCAGCAACGUCACAUUAUCGAUUCGUUUCGCCCUAAUAUUGAAUCCAAUUCAUUUCAACAGCCUCAAAUGGACAUGAACAUCGCUUCGGGUAUUUCAAAAUUUUUUCCUCUAACAAUGCUACAGCAGGAUGAACAUAGUUAUGUCAAAAAUGAUACGAUUUUUAUUAAAUGCAUAGUGAAUUUUAAUGACAUUCCAAGACCGGUAUUUCCCUAUGCAUUUAAUCUCAAUCCUGCGUUACCUGACCAUGUUAUACAAUCAAUGAUAAAAGCAGAAAUCGAACGUCGUCAAGAAGUAUCUAUAAAAUCAUAA